AUGACCGAACCGUUCCCGAACCGAUUCCAGUGCCCGAUCGCGGGCACUGCAAGUGUGCUAGACGUCCCGGUCUUCGUCGUCGUCGCCGUCCUGGCCGUUGCAGCCGCUGCCCAGGCCCCCGACUCCCCGUCGUACCACUCGGCCCUGUCCUACAAGCCGGCCCCCUACCACCCGGAGUCCCAGUACAAGGAGGAAGCCGAGCCGUUCGCCUAUGACUACGCCCCCUACAAGCCCGCUCCGGCCCCCUACAAGCCCGCUCCGGCGCCCUACAAGCCCGCGCCUGCUCCCUACCGCCCGGCUCCGUCCUACAAGCCGGCCCCCUACCACCCGGAGCCCCAGUACAAGGAGGAGGCCAGGCCGUACGCCUUUGACUACGCCGUCAACGACCACUACACCGGCACCAACUUCGCCCAGAAGGAGGAGAGCGAUGGCCACAACACCCAAGGAUAUUACUCGGUGGCUCUGCCCGACGGCCGUGUCCAGCACGUCAAGUACGUCGCCGAUCACUACGGUGGCUACAACGCUGAGGUCACCUACGAGGGAGAGGCUACCUUCCCCGAGUACCACCCCGCUCCUGCCUACAAGGCUGCUGCCCCCGCCUAUAAGGCUGCCGCUCCGGCCUACAAGCCCACCUACAGCCACCCUGCCCCUGCCUACAAGGCUGCCGCUCCUGCCUACAGGGCUGCUGCCCCGGCCUACAAGGCUGCUGCCCCGGCCUACAGGGCUGCUGCCCCCGCCUACAAGGCUGCUGCCCCGGCCUACAAGGCUGCUGCCCCGGCCUACAGGGCUGCUGCCCCGGCCUACACGAGCCCGACAAACGCACCCACCUUGAUCGGACCGUCCCGAAGAUACACACUUCGUCAGGAGCCGGCCUAUGAGCCCUCCCUGGACCGUUCAGCCGUAGUCAAGCAGCCCAUUCUGUACGAUUCGGAGCCGCAGUACAACGGGCAGCCGAAGUCCUACGCCUACGACUACAUCGUCAACGAUCAGUAUUCCGGAGCCUACUUCUCCCAGAAGGAGGAGAGCGAUGGCCACAGCACCCAGGGGUACUACACUGUGGCUCUGCCCGACGGCCGUAUCCAGCACGUCAAAUACAUCGCCGAUAGCGAAGGUGGUUACAACGCCGAGGUCACCUACGAAGACAGCGUUUCCAGCCGUCUGGACCUCGCCGCGCCCGAGAACCCGCCCGGUGUAGCGGAGCCCAACCCCGUGGAGUACCCGCGAGACGCUGCCUACAGCCCUCCAGCGAGCUAUCGCGCUUCGACGGCGUACGAGCCGAGUCCAUGA